AUGACAGAAUCUCUGAAAGUUCCGCAUAUGAACAUCGGCGACGAGUACGACGUGACGCGCUUGACUGAAGUAAGGAAAGUGUUGAACAACGAAUUGGGUUCUCAAGGCGUCAGGAUUUCCCUCACUGCCUUUUUAAUUAAAGCAAUGAGCAUUGCUAUGGACGAAUAUCCCAUCGUCAACUCAAAAUUCAACACGCAAACCCAAAACUCGUACACUGAAUUCGGAAACCAUAACGUCAGCGUUGCGAUCGAUGCACCCGGCGGCUUAGUGGUUCCCUGCGUGAAGAACGUUCAAGACUUGACCCUUGUUGACAUUCAGAAGGAACUUAUCCGUCUUCAGGGCCUUAGCGUUGAGCGCUUACAAGGCACUUUGGGUUGUUUGAGUCUCUACCCAGAUGGAACUUACAUUCAUCCCCUGCUCUUCGAUGGCCAAGCGGUGAUUGUCGGUGUGGGCCGCGUCCAGCAGCUGCCACGCUUUGUAAGCUGCGAGGGCGCAGCAGGCGAAGGCAGCAGCACUGCAUUGGUGUCGCGAGACAUCAUCAACUGCAGCUUCUCGGCAGACCACAGACACUGCGAUGGCGCUACCAUCACACGCUUCAGCAAGAGGUAA